GGAGGCUGUGGUCGCCGGGGAAGGGGGUGGUGGCCGUGCUGCUGCGGCCCGCGGGGUCCCCAGGCCCCCCCGGAGCAGGGUGCCGGGAGGCGCCGCUCGCUCUCCCGCAGCCGGUCCCUGACUCCGCUCCCCCGGAGGACCCCCGCGCCCCCCGAACGGGGCCCUGCGAGGAGGGGAGGAAAGGGGCUCCGGUCUGGUUUUGUGACUUAAACAGCGCCCAGCGCGAUCACUUAAAAGUUCCAGUAUGGCUGUGGAGGGGUCCCUCUUUAAAACAGCUGAUGACAGCGACCCUAACUUAGUUCUCCGAGAUGCUUUUAUUUCACCUUAACACGGUUACUCGCGCCCGCCUCAAGAGAGGAGCAUUGGCAUCAACUAAAGUCAGAAUUCCUAGGAACUUGAACAGAGGCUGCUAAAUUCCCAGUAAUUGCUACUCUAGCCUUCUAGGGACUAACUCCAAAGAAGGAAGGAAAGAAUCCAUCAGCACUUCCUCAUUCUCAUUCACCUGCUUCCUGCCAAGUCUGCAAAUAGGAGACCAGAGCUUCCAGCCCUACCCAUGGAAACUCAGACUGAUCGUGUAUCUCAGGAACCUCAGGCCCUGCUUGAGAGUGCUCUUCCCUCCUCAAAAAUUCCUGCAUUUUCCGACAAGGACAGCCUGGGGGAUGAGAUGCUGGCAGCUGCACUUCUAAAGGCAAAGUCCCAGGAGUUGGUGACAUUUGAGGAUGUUGCUGUGUACUUCAUCCGGAAGGAGUGGAAGCGUUUGGAGCCUGCUCAGAGGGACCUCUAUAGGGAUGUGAUGCUGGAGAAUUACGGGAAUGUGUUCUCACUGGAUGGUGAGACCAGAACUGAGCACAAGCAAGAAAUUUCUCAAGAUACGGGAUCACAUGGGGUGCUAUUGGGAAGACUCCAAAAGGAUAUUUCUCAGGGUCUUAAGUUUGAAGAAGCCUAUGAACAAGAAGUCACUCUAAAGGGGCAGCUGGGGAGCUCCUCUGGAGAAAGAUUGAAUAGGAAGAUACAAGAUUUUGAUCAAGUGACAGUUGAGGAAAAGCUAAGCCCCAUGGGAGAGAGAAGUGAGAAAUAUAAUGAUUUGGGGAACAGCUUCACUGUGAGUUCCAACCUCAUUUCACAUCAGAGACUUCCUAUGGGAGAUAGACCCCAUAAGUGUGAUGAAUGUAGCAAGAGCUUUAAUCGAACUUCAGACCUUAUUCAACAUCAGAGAAUCCACACUGGGGAAAAACCCUAUGAAUGUAGUGAAUGUGGGAAGGCCUUCAGCCAGAGCUCACAUCUUAUUCAGCAUCAGAGAAUUCACACUGGAGAGAAACCUUAUGAAUGUAACGAUUGUGGGAAGACCUUCAGUUGUAGCUCUGCCCUCAUUCUGCAUCGGAGGAUCCACACUGGGGAGAAACCUUAUGAAUGUAACGAGUGUGGAAAAACCUUUAGCUGGAGCUCCACCCUUACUCAUCAUCAGAGAAUCCACACUGGAGAGAAACCAUAUGCUUGUAAUGAAUGUGGGAAGGCCUUCAGUAGGAGCUCCACCCUCAUUCAUCAUCAGAGAAUCCACACUGGAGAGAAGCCCUAUGAAUGUAACGAGUGUGGGAAGGCCUUCAGCCAGAGCUCACACCUCUAUCAGCACCAGAGAAUCCACACUGGAGAGAAGCCCUAUGAAUGUAUGGAAUGUGGAGGGAAGUUUACCUAUAGUUCAGGCCUUAUUCAGCAUCAAAGAAUCCACACAGGGGAGAAUCCCUAUGAAUGUAGUGAGUGUGGGAAAGCCUUUAGGUAUAGCUCAGCUCUUGUUCGCCAUCAGAGAAUUCACACUGGAGAGAAGCCUUUGAAUGGAAUGGGAAUGAGCAAAAGUUCUCUCCGAGUUACUGCUGAAUUAAAUAUCAGAGAGUCUACAUGAAAGAGAGCCACACACCUGUUUUCCUCACUUCUGCUGAGUCUGAAGAGCUCCUGCCUUACAAGUAUGAACAACUUAGAAUGUGUCCCUUCCAACUCAGACCUUUUACUUUAGAGAAUGGGGCAAAUUGGGCCAAUCAUCCUGGCACCGUGAUUAGCAACCUAGUCAGUUUCCCCAGGAAUGAUAGCAGCCUUGAAAAAUUAGGAGGCAAGCAGCAGAUGAAGUGCUGGGAGUAGAGGGAAGCUCUGGGACCAGUCACCUUCCAUUUGGAAGGGAAUUUGCACUAGACCAUAUUUCUCACACCAGGGGAGCCUUUCUUUCCGAGGUGGGGAUGGAAGCACAGUAGGAAUAAGAUUCUAAGGAUUCCUCUAGGUGGAGUCAGUAUAGUUAGCACAGGAGGCAGUAGAAAGAAUGUUCUGGGUCCUGUUAUUUGCUAGGAAGGGGAAAUGGAGGCUGUAUUUCAAAGCCACUAUUCCUAAUCCAGCUUUAAGUUUUGAUAAGGAAUGUGCUAUUUUGUUUCAUGAUUUCAUUAGUCAUGGAAAUUUGGUCCUGAGGGAUUUGUUAUUUUAUUGAAGAGGGGGGAAGAGCCCAAGAGAGGCUUUCUGUGGUGACUAUCGUUUAGGGCUCUUGGAGCAGCAAGACCAGGUUUCCAACAGCAGUCUGGCAAUUUUGUUGGGAAACCCAUUGUCCUUCCCUGUUGUGACAGAACUAACUGGGAAAUCCAUCUAAUCAGUGAGUCUGACAUGAGGGAGAGGAUCAAAAGCAUUUAGCCUUGGCCUCUGUUUCCUUUCCUCCCUUCUCUCUCUCACCACUCCUGUGAUGAAAAGUGAUUUAAUCUGAGCCUCUAGUUACUGAGGAUGCUUUUAAGGAGCUCGUUCAACCAGCUUGCCCUGUCCCAUGUUACCUGUGACCUGUGACAUCUGGCCCCGCAGCCAGCCCUCCCCUGACCGCGCCUCUGACGUCAGCAGCAGAGUAUGAAUGCGAACAUAGAGCAAAGCCCAGAGAAGGAAGGCUCUGGCCUGAGCCUGGCGGCAGGGCUCCUUGCUGGGUGAAGGUGGAGCUCCUGAGUUUUCCCAGUGGAAGGGGUGACCUCUCCUUGAGUUUUCCCAAUCCUGCUCAUCCUGUAGCGUAAAUGAAGUGCACUAUUAAACAGAAUAGUUUUUCAGAAGGAGAGAUGGAGUGUGUUUCUGUGCAGGGGCCAGAUUUAUUUCAGUUAAAACAUUUUUUUACAGACAGACCUUUUCUCUUAGUCACAAACACAUGACCUCUUUCCCUCGAGACUCCAUUGUAUUUCUCUAGAUACUGCCACAGACUAAAUCGUUUAGACAGUUGCUCCCACCGUCAUACACACAUGUAGGAUUUUACGUGCUGCGUAUCAUUCUGUGGUACGAUACUUAGGACCAGCAACUCAAACUAGAAAGGUGUUACUGGUAGGGUCCCUGACAAAAGCUGGGUAGCAGUGGGCGUAUUUAGAUUUCUUGGUUUGGUGGGAGGAUGUUACAGUCAUGGAGAAGAUGAGGAAAUGUCUGGAACUCUGGCCUCUGAAAAAUUUUGGAUCAUAUAUUGUGAUUGACCAUCUAAUAUGUUUUUAAUUUCUUAAAGCUAUAAUGAAACUCAGCAUUUUGGCUCUUCUUUGACGUGAUUCACCACAUACUUGCAAGUAAACUUUUUUUCUCAAAGUGUAGACCACAAACUAUCCAUAUUAGAAUCACUAGGCUGCUUGUUAGUAAUGCAGGUUUCUGUCCCCCAAAUCAGACCUAUAAAAUAGUUUCUGAGGAUAGAGCCUAAAAAUUUAUGCUGAGAAGGAGGAAAUAGUAAUGGAAUAGUUAGAGAAAAGUUCCAGGAGGUGAUAAACUUGCGCUGGGUCUUACAGGACAGAUGAUCUGUGGUAAGGAGUGGAGCUUCUGGACAGGACAUUUUGGGGUGGGCCUGAGCAUGGCCACUGAUGUGGAGGUUCCUGUUGUGGAGCUCCGGAAAAGACCCUUGAACAGGUAAAACUGCUAGGUGAUGAAUAGUCACUAUACAUGAAGGAUCAGCCCCUUCUCUGCCCAGAUGCUGAACCCCCUCCCCCGCCCCAAAAAGGCUUCCUGACUUCCUUCAGAGCGUCUCAGGGGGACCUGAAACUGAUCAGGGCGAUUGCAUGAAAAAUGUUAAAUAUCUUUGAACUACUAUAAUAUUUUAUUUACUUGAUUCUCCUGAUUAUUCCUAUUUCCCAUAAUGAUUCCUCUUUUCUCAGUCCCAAACUGAGCAUUCCUUGAUGUUCAGUCAUAGUAUGAGUUUGUCUCUGUGCCAUUAUCCUGGGAACCCAUUUACUCCCAUGGCUUCAACUAUUACCUCUAUGUAAAUAAGUUUUUUUUUCUUUUUUUCUUUUUUUUUGAGGAGGAUUAGCCCUGAGCUGACAUCUGUCACCAAUCCUCCUCUUUUUGCUGAGGAAGAGUGGCCCUGGGCUAGCAUCCAUGUCCAUCUUCCUAUACUUUAUAUGGGAUGCCGCCACAGCAUGGCAUGACAAGCGGUACGUUGGUGCGCACCCGGGAUCCGAACCCUGGCCGGCAAAGCGGAGCCUGUGCAUUUAACCGCUACGCCACCGGGCUGGCCACUAUGCAAAUGAGUUUUAAAUCUGUGUGUGUGGUACUGAGCUCUCCCAGGCUCCAGUCUUGGGUCUCGAGCAGAAUGCAGGGCAUUUACGCUUGGACUGCUGAAAGUUUCAAAUUACAUGUUUCAAACCAGAUACGUCUUUCUCGUUAACUGCCCCUCUCGAAAUUUCUGAAACCUCGCAGGGUCAAAACUUCUGAGUUUUAUUUGAUUAUUCUUGUCCUACAUCUAACCAGCGUCACGUCCUGGGCGGGUUCAAUAAGCAUGGAGUGAAAAGAUAAGAGAUAGUUGUCAAAGGGAAAAGUUUCAGAGUUGAGGUCAUGGAGGCGGUGGGAUUUCCAAGUGAUGGUACUAAUAGUAGCUGUCAUGUAGCAUGUGCUCUGCCUGGCCCUUUUCAAAGUGGUUUUUAUAUAUUAAAUCAUUUAAUC